UUAAAAGAUCUAAUUUAUUAAUAGCAAGUUGGCGCAGAUUAUUUGAAUUAGACGGACUUCUAUAUUUGGGUUCAGAAAUAGAUACGGAAAUAUGUUGGAACUCAACAUAUUUAAUGUUAAUUAAAUCUUUAAAAAUUCGAAUACAAGUAAAUAUACUUAUUGCUCAAAAUCCUGACGAUUUUAAUGAUUUAAUUUUUACAAAUAAUAAUUGGGCUAAUAUAUAUAGUUGGAUUAGUGAAAAAAUUGAUGAAAAUAUUAAUAACGUUGACAUAGAAGAUAUUAAUGAUAUUGAUUAUGAAAUGGAUUGUGAAUGA